UAGGUUAGAACGAUUGCCGGCCUUUUGCCAUGCAUUGGGCGAGUUCCAUUUAACGCUCGCAACGACGCGAGCGUCAUUCUAUCUUUAUUUAACAUCCGGCGAGAGACAAAGCUAGAAUCACGCUCGCGUCGUUACGAGCGUUAAGUGGAACCUGUGCAUUCAGAGGGAGAGAGAGGGAGAACGAUUGCCGGCGGGAAGUAUCGAUAAGCGGUAAAAACAGAGACGCUGUUCAAUAUGAUUGUAACAAAGUGAAGAUGCCGACAUCCCUCCUCGUGCCGAGAUCUCCCGCAAUAAGUAUUCCAUAUCUCUGUGAUUGAACACAAAAUGGACAAUAGCAAUGAUACGCAAUUUUUCUCUGACACCAUUGAACAUGUGCUUCAACCAGCAAAAGCAGAAGUUUCACUUUCACUGGUAAAAAAGAAAAUAUUGAAAACAAAUGAUAUAAUAAGACAAUAUGAAGAGAAAAAAAAGGAGAAUGAUAAUUUAAAAUCAAAGUUGGAUAUUGUAAGGAAAGACCUUAAGAACGUCAGACAUAAGUACCAAACUAAUCUAGAUAUGACGAGAAAAUUAGAACUUGAUAAUACAAAUGUUAAGCAGGAAAAUAAUAGGUUGAAGAAGAAAAUAAAUGAAGACGAAUUGUCUACAGCCGGAGAUAAGCAGUAUAUACAACAAUUGAGGUGCAAAAUAAAAGAAUUGGAGGAGGAUUAUUCUGAAAAAAGUAUGGAUUAUAAAAUGCAAAUGGCUCUCCUUAAAGAUGAAAUAAAGAAUUUGGAGCAUCAGUUGGCAAGUUCGAAAAAAACACAAGGCAAGAAGAAAAAGUCUGCCAUCGCUGAUAAUGAUACUACUGAGCAGAGUACGGAAACUAAAUCAAGUUCAGACGUUGCUAUCAAUGUAUCGUUGAGUGACUUCAAUUUAGACAAGAAGCCCGAAAUGCGAGAACAGAAUACAAUGACGGACGAAUUUUAUAAUUUGAAGGAUGAUCCAUACCCGCUGUUCUGUUCGAAGUGCACCACCCAUUUACACUCACCGAUCGAACAAAUUUGUCAGAUAAUGAUGUGCUCGAAUUUAAUCGAGCCGAUUCAUUCAAGGCCGAUGUCCCCACUGUCUCCGCUAUCAAAUUUAACGCCAGAACCUUCGGAUCAAAUUACUCCGAGUAAAAAACAUUCAGAUGAGAACGUCACAGACCAGAAAUCAGAACGUUUAGACAGCAGAAAUGUUCCGGGCAAAGGACCAGAACGUACAGAUAGAAAAGUCUCCCCGGGUAAAGAAUCGGAACAUUUUGACGGGGGCGAGACGGCUUCUAUCUCUAAAGUAUUAUCUCCGCCACGCCUGAUGAACUCAUAUUACAAUUCAAUGGACGACGCACGCAAUCUCAAGUCAGAGUCGAGAAAUUCGCCCGCUACACCGCAGGAUUUCGCUGAGUCUGCUGACGAACACCGGGCGAAGUAUAACACGUUUGCAACGGAGCCGCCCGGCGAAUCGGACUUAAUGAUUCAGUGUUCUUCAUCUAUCAGAAACAUGGAGAAAAUUGUGCAUUCGUUGAAACGUAAGAUGAAGAAGCAGAUGCGUAAAGUGAGGAAAAGACUGAAUGAGAGGCACAGUUGCCAUUGUAACGCCACGAAUUACGUGGCUACCUCUAACGUUGCUUCGCUGAAUCCGGAACUGCUCAAUAUCUGCAAGAGUGUAAUGGAGUUGUGUAAUAACAAAGAGAAAGCACGCCCUAAGAACGAACGAAGUGCCAGGAGAAAGUAUAACACGAAGAAGGCGAAGUUAAAGCGAUUGAAGAGCGUGAGAAACGAUUGGAAAGUUGAGCAUUGCAAACCGCGAAAUAUAACCCGUACUAAAUCGGAGGACAUUUUAGACUCUUCAGCCGUUAAUCAAUCUUAUCUGUCUGACGAUGAUUUCCCGGUACAUUCGACAGAAGUGAAGUCUGUUGCCAAAGUGGAGUUUGUUGCUGAAACGGGGUCCGCCGCAGUGAUAUCGCAUUCGCGCGUUGAAGACUCGUCAAGCAGGGACGAUAACGUGGAAUCCGCCGACUUGAAUUACCACACUGAAACGACACUCGUAAAAAGCCCCGUUAAUCCUUCCCACGGUAUCGUUAACACAGGAAGCGGUUCUCAGAGCCUCAAGUGGAGAGGCAACAGUUCUCUGUUGAAGAAACUUCGGAACUUGAAGAAGAGAACGCGCACGGGCGUGCAUUCGAACAAGCAGCUGAAGGUUGAGCUGUGCCCGAACGACAGUUCCGAGUGUUUCCAGCCGGCGAAGAAGCGACGGAUCGCGCAUAUUCCGAAAGGCAUCUCCUCUCAACCGGAUUUCGCCGGGAGGGAUCCUGCCGAGCACACGACGGCAGUUCAACCUGAAGUAUUCGCGAGUUUCCCACCGGACGCGCAGUCAUCGGUCGAGACCGAAAUGUAUCGUACGACCAGCGAGAAGAGCAGCACCCCCGUUGCGGUACGUAGAUUCAUCAACUCAUCAUCCUUCCAGAAGACCAAAGAUCCUGCCGCUCCGCUCGUUAACGGCUGUUCGAUGCCCAUUGUUCCCGAGCGAUCGGCAAAUUCAUGUUUGAGACUAGUCAAUUCCAAUGACACCUCGGGUAACGUCCUGCUUGGCACGAGGAGCAACGAUGAGUCUGUAGCGUCGCUCGUUAACGGCUGUUCGACGCCCAUUGUCGAGCGAUCGCCGUCGGCGAACUCACUUUCGAGACUAGUCGAUUUCAAUGACGUCUCAAAUAACUCCGACGUUGCAACGGGACUCGUCGACGGGACGACGUCGGUGGAAGAGACAGACGUCCUGCUUGGCACGAGGAGCAGAGACGCAUCGCCUGACGCUCCCUGUGAAAUUCUGAAGAACGACGAACGUUCGGCCGAGGUUACGAAUAGUACAUCGUCGCGCAGCAAGUCGCAUCGUUUACCCGUGGUUAUACUGAAACCUCGUAAGAAUACGAGCAACGUGAGGAAGGAUGCACACGAUGAAGCGUCAUACUCGAGGAGUCGGAGUGUCGAAGGGCACCAACCUCAAGGAGAUGCAAGUGUGCCGGUUGAGACCGCGGAAGAUCGCGCGACGAGCGAAGAGCGCGAUGAUCAGAGCUUAGUCGGGCAGCCUGUGGAGGAGGAGAAUUCAACGUCGCCGUCGUUGAAGAGCAGGAGUGUCGUCGAGAAUGACGAUAACGCGGGAAAAUCUCGCGACGAAGUGGACAAUGAGGCGGGGAGGGUACAGGUGCGCGUUAACAAUGAAAGGACUGCACCGUCGGACCUCGGGACGUUCGAGAGAAACACGGGAUUCACUGGUGGUGAUAACAACGACUGUGAGAAUGAUGUGAAGCAGGAUAAUGACGAUAAUAAUAUUGAUAACGAGGGUAUUGAUGUCAAGAACGGUGAUAUCAGGAUACCUUGCGAUGAUGAUGAUGAUGAUGACGAAGAAGGCAAAGUCGAAAUUCGAACAGACCCGCCGAUAAAGCAUCUAAACAAAUUCUUGGUCAAAGAAGGCGCGAAAAAGAUAACUGCCAAGCAAAGGAUGAAGAUGUUCAAAAUCUUGACAUUUGCAGGUGAAUUUGUGAUGAAACAAUUGCACAGGCUCGAGCGAAGUAACUGGGAGGAUUUUGUACAUUGCGAUAUUGUAGAGAAACUACGCAAGACCUGCGGACCUCGUUUCCUAGCCAAAUAUAUAAUUAAUUUCUUAUCGCACUAUAGUAAUGAUAAUAGUAUGGGUAUUACUAUGGACAAGUCAUUCACUCCCCCGGCGCCUUUGAUGUCGAGGUGCGAACAGAAGAUCAUAAUGCUCCUAAUCGAUUUGGAUCAGUCGAAACCGAUGCUCAUUGAAUACGUGCGAGCUGGUAUCCAUUAUAAGCUGUUUAAACUUACCUCUAAGUUACUGAUUAUAGAAACCGAGUUACUCACGAGGAUGUACGUCGCCCUGGCGCGUCUGCAGAACGACAGGGAAGCCGUGCGCAUCAUGUGCUGCGACGCUCUCUACUGCAUGGGCUUCCGUGCCAUAAACGUCUUGUACACGAUUUUGACGAGCUGGCCCGAAAUUUUCCCGCACAUCGACGCCCGCAAAGGACUGUUACCAAAGUGCAUAGCCUUCCUGAUUUCGCAACAGAACGACAAUGCUUACCAGAAGUUAAUACCAUUGAAGAAUUUAAUAUCGAAAUAUUACGGGUAUACUCAGGAAGUCUCAAUCGAUGACAUCACCAACGAGCUUAUGACUGCCUUCACAAACGAACAGCAGGACGGUUUGCAGACGGCCAUUAUACUCCUAGCGAAGAGAAACGGAACAACCUGGGCGUAUAAGAAUAUUAUUAAAACUCCUCUAUUGCCAAUGAUCAUCUUUGAGAACUAUCCUUGCAUGUACAGUGCGUUCUGCCUAUUAGGGAAACUGAUGCGCUCAUUUCCGUUGAAAUCGAAGGACAACUCUGUGAAGGAUAUCGCCGUUCAGCUCUCGGAUCUCCUCGCGUCCAACGAAUUUUCAGACGACGUGCAAGAAGGUAUAGCAUCGGCGUUGCUUAGUCUCUCCAGGCACGAGUUUUCCACGGUCACGAAUGCUAUAAUAAAAUGGACGCCGAAGGAACCCUUAAGGCCGACUACCGUCGCGCAGAUAGAGGCACAUAUAAAACUGCGCCCUCGAAAAUUCUGGAAUAAGUAUGUACAAGAGAAGAAAUUAUUUGAAAUACAGCCAAAAUGAAA